UUUACAUGACGUUUCUUGAUGGAAGAGUUGACCCAAAUUAUUAACAGCUGAAAAUUAGCCUACGUUUCCAAAUGACAGCGGCUUGCACAGACACACACGUGCGUUGAUCAGCUGUUUUUUCUCGAUUGUGCUAGUAAACAUGGAGGCACCGCCAGCCAAGAAAGCGAACUACGAACACAACAGACAACGAGGGUUCGUUCCGAAAUGGAAGACGGAAUUUCCAUGGCUACAAUUCAAUAGUGAUGAAAAUACCAUGAAAUGUGGUAUAUGUGUGGAUUUUCCUGCGAUCGCCGAUAGAAAGGCAGCAAUGUACGUGGGGACGGCUAAUUUGAGGAAACAGUGCAUUCAGGCGCACGAGUCGAGCAGAGGGCAUGUGCGGUGCGUGGAGGCGAGGAGGAUUGCCCGUGGAAAGGACAGGCAGCAGCAAAAUCUCCCGGCUUGCGUGCAUCACCUCCAAGAAGAGGAAAGGGAACAAACGAAGAGGCUUUUUUCUACAGCUUACUAUGUUGUGAAGGAGGAGAUGAGCUUCAAGAAGUAUAAGCCCACCAUAGAGUUGCAGGUUAAGAAUGGCCUCAAAAUGGGAGCAAUGUACACCAGCGACAAUGCCUGCCGAAGAUUCAUCCAGUACAUACAUGCAGAUGUAAUGGAACCAAUGUUCGAGGACAUUCGGAAGGCGAAGUAUGUCAGCAUCUUAGUAGACAGCAGCACAGACAGCAGCAACAAGGACCUUGAACUGAUGUACCUCCGGUACAUGAAGAACGGUGUUCCAGUCAACACACUCAUUGGAUUGAGAGAGCUGGAGCAUGCCCAUGCACUUGGUCAUCUGGCUGUUUUAGAAGCGGGAAUGGAUGAACUUCGCAUAGAUAACUGGAGGAGAAGAGUGGUUGGACUUGGAACAGAUGGUGCCUCUGUGAUGGUCGGACGAAACAGGGGCUUGGCUGCUUUGCUGCGGGAGCAGGUUCCUUGGCUGUGCAACAUCCACUGCAUGGCACACCGACUGGAGCUCGGCAUUCUGGAUGCUGUGAAAGAAGAGCAGGCCAUGCAGAAUGUACUGACUAUGCUGGAGGGCAUGUACAAGACCCACAAGUCGAGCCCCAAAGCAUGGCGAGAAUUACGGGCUGUUGCAGAUCUUCUGGACAAGAAGGCAUACAAACCGGGCAACGUACUAGGUUCAAGAUGGGUGCCACACGUGCGACAUGCCCUGUUAAAUGUAAUGAAAAAUUACGAGGCAAUCGUUGCUCAGUACGAGAACAUGCUGGAGCAGAGGAGUGGUAGUGCUGAGAUGCAAGGGCGAGCACGUCGGGCACUGCAACAGCUGAAAGAUGAGAAGACACUGUUAUUCAUGCAUCUGGUCCUCGACAUCGUGGAGGCUGUGAGCAGACUGAGUCUUAAACUCCAGGAAGAAACUCUGACUCUUGCAGUGGCUCUUAGGAGUGUGACAUCAGCUUCUUUGACCAUCACAGCAAUGAAGACAGCACCUGGAAAACAUCUGGAGUCAAUGAGUCGGGCAGUACAGCAUGGCACUUUCCAUGGAGUUCCCGUCAAAACCUGUGAUGAGGCACAGCAAGAAGUAUUCAAUCGCCAAAGGACCAGGAUUGUGGACCAAGUCCUCAGCAGCCUUGAUGGAAGAUUCGAGUCAAUGCAGGCUGAUGAAGUUCUAUCCUCAGCGUGCAUUAUCGAUGUUUGGAAGUGGCCGUUGGGUGAUCAGGAAUCCUUGGCUGCUUACGGAGUGAGGGAACUGGAGUUGCUAUGCAACCACUUUGACGAUGUGCUGACGGGAAAUGGAUGCGACAUCGCUGCUGCUCGUCAUGUUGAGUGGCCAGAGUUGAAGCAGUACGUGAAGGAUUCGGUGCCUCGCCAGCAUUGGGCUCAUAUUUGGCAGGAUAUUAUGUCAGAUCCUGUGUGUACUGACUCCUUCAAGAACGUGCUUCAUAUCAUUGAAGUAAUUCUCAUCCUCCCACUCUCUACAGCAGCAUGUGAGAGGGGCUUCAGCCUUAUGAAGCGGACGAAGACGGACUGGAGGUCGGAGCUGACUGUGGACAUGCUAAAGAAGCUCAUGUCCAUCUCUCUUCAUGGACCCUCCUUGGAACAAUAUGAGCCCACUGGUGCUGUAGCCAAGUGGCUGAGGGGUGGAAAUCGCUACAUAGUUAACAGACCUUAGCUUUCUUUAAACCAUUCUUAGUGCCACA